CAUGCAAAUAGCUAGAAUGGAUGGUGCGAACUGUGAAUCCAAUAUGAGUGAGCGAGCUUCUUCUAGCCCGUUUCGGUCAGAGCUUGAUCUCACGGCUUUUGAGCCAAGAAUGGCACAUUUGAGACUCUUUCUACCUCAAGUCUGCAGAGUUGCAGGAGCUGGCAGAGCCAGGUCAGAUGGACUGGAUGGUCGUAUGGGGGAGGUGAGGUGAGGUGAGCACGACAGCUAUGGAUCAAAGGAUACUAUGAUUGCCUUGCACUUUCCCUUUCCCUUUCCUCCGCAGCAAAGAAGGCAAGGUCAUCGUCGUCGUCGCCUUUCCGUGCCGACCAAAAGCAUUGUCGCCGCUGGCUAUGGUGGUGCUCCAAAGCAAAGAAUCCUAGAAGGAAAAGGAGCCACUGCACUGUAGCUUGGAUUGGUGCCUCCUUGCUUGCUUUAUUCCCUCCCAGCGCUUGUCCCCUCUGUCCAUCCCCUUGCUUUCCCCAUCCGCCAUCCCGUUCCCUGUCGCUGCAUUCGUGCGAGACGAUUCAUUUGAAGGAUUCUGGCUCCUGCUGCUCCCUGCCUGUCGUCUCGUCACGGCAGGCUAGGUUUUUGUCUCAGGACUGAAUUCAAGGCGAUAAAUAUGGCUUUCGAUACGAACAACCUUCUAUCGCAGAUCAAGACAACAGUGUAUUCUUCUAUCAGACUUGGCUAUCAAUCUGCUUGUGAUUAUCCUGUAGUACUCGGCGCUGGUAUUUUGGUGCUGUUCCUGCACAAACUUUUCCCUUCUCUGUUCACCUUCCUACUGUCUUCCUCUCCCGUGUUCCUGUUAACUGCACUUCUUCUUGGAACACUUUUGAGUUAUGGUGAACCAAGUGCUCCAGUGAUUGGAAAGGAAACAUUUGAGAAACAGCAAAUUUUGUCCCCUAAAUCCAACAUUUCCAUUACUGACUAUUCAAUUGAGGAGGUCGAGAAUGUUGAUGUCAAGGUGCACGCAGCUAAGAGAUUUGAAAGCCACGCUGUCUACAUUGAGGACAGAACUUCUGAAGGUAUUUUGCAUGACACUGAAUGUGAUGAAGAAAACAUCAUAUCUGUGUCAGCCGAUACUAUUCUUUGUGCAGAAUCUUCUGAGUUUUCCAAGAGCAACACAAUUGUGGAAAGAGAAGAGUAUGUCAAGGAAAUCUGCGAGAAGGUUGAGCUGCAAGAAUUUGAGAGCACCAAUACUGAGAGGGUUCAUGAAGAAGUGAAAAAUCAGCUUCAGCUCGGUGAACUCAUGAGCACAUGCUGGCAACCUGUUCCGAGGCAGGAUCCUUGUUCUGAUUCUGAAUCUGAUCUUACCGAGAGUUCUUCUGAUGCAUCAAUCACUGACAUUAUUCCGAUGCUCGAUGAGCUGAACCCUCCUGCAAACAUGGGGACUAGUCACCCUAACCCAACCUUCAGUGGCAACCUGAAUUCCUCAUCAGCAGAUGACGAAGAUGACUCUGAGGAGGAUGGUGACCUUAGCUCAAAUGAUGAUGGAGCAGAAAAGAAAGAUGACAGAAAUAACUGGAAGCAUGUUAACCCUCUAAGUCCUUUGGAUUCGGAAAAGAAUAGUAACUUGGAGAGUUUGAUGGAACGGCGGCAUGCUAAGAAUAUUCUGAAGUUUGAACUUGACAAGAGGUUAAUGGACAUGCAAGCUGCUGAUGCAAUCCAGAAAAUGGAGGAGGUGUCACGCUUCCGUGUUCAGGUUCCCUCCAUUUCCACACCAAGGCGUAACCCGUUUGAUCCUUCAAACGGUUCAGAGGAAAUAGUACUGUUACCACAGAUUCCUGAUUCAGCGCCAUCUGUUCUCCUUCCCUGGAGAAAACCAUUUGAUGUCCCAUUUGACCAAAUAGUGGACCAUGACAGGCAGUUGCCGAAAACUUGGACUCCUCGCCCGUACUUUCCAUCAACACAGCAUAGGAAGCAUGGGAACUUAUAUGUCCAGCAGUCUACUUAUCUGCAACAUCACAACGGUGUCAAGCAAGAAAAGUCUGAACUCAGUGGAAAAGAUAUCUGUGAUAGUCACUCGGAUGGUGAUUCUGAGGUAGCAGGGAACAAUGGCAAGUUGUUUGGUUCACUGGAAGCACAUAUAGGUGAAGAGAUUAAAAUACUAAGCGCGGCAAUUUCAGAUGCUUGUGUGUUGGAAGUAAAUGAUGGAAUUAAUGAAGGCACUAAAAACACUGAUUCUAGCGAUGGCACAUCUUCGUUUUAUGUUCAGAAAUCCAUAUCCAGCAUUUCAGAAACAAAGGAUUCAGUUUGUGCAGGUAGUGAGCAAUCGGUAUUGUGUUCUCUAUCCGAAGAAAAUAAUUCCGAGCAACAUAUUGUUGAGGCAGACUCCAUCAGUGAAGUUAACUCAUUAUUUAAGUGUCGCAUGGAGGAAGUACUAGUGCAGUCCAUUUCAGAGUCCAGUAUCAGUCAACCUUUGACGGUUAAACUUGAAGAUGAAUUGAGUGGCAUGUUAUCUGCAGGAUGUGGGAUGCCUGUCAUUGAAGCAAGUUCAGUUGAAGAGUUGAAUUCACAAUUUGCACAGAUCAAUGAAGAAGAGUUGAAUUCACAAUGUGCACAGAUCCAAGAUAGAUCAAGUGAAGCAUUGCCUGCAGAAAAUUCAGAACUGCCAAAUGAAGAUGGGUAUUCUUCAGAUUCUACUCUAGAUGAUCCAGUGGAUGUGAAGAUCGAAGGUAAACCAAAGGAGCUGCUAACUGAAGAUGCUGAGCUUCCUAUUUUAGAAGUGAGCUCAGUUGAACAGAUGAACUCACUAUUCAAGCAAGUCGAAGAAGAAGUGCAGGCACAGAUGCCUCAAAGCUCAGAGGACAAGUUUGGUCAACAUAAGGGAGAGACUGCUUGUGGUGUGCUAAUUCCUGAUGAUAAGAUAUAGAUUUCUGGAGAUGGUGAAGCAAUUCUGGAUUCAGCAGAGAUAAACUGAGGACUGCAUGCUAUGGUGACCGACACUAUGAACGGCGAUGAUACAUCCUAUAGGACCAAGAUUCACUUGAGAGGGCUUACUUAAUCUACUGUUACUGAAAAAUAUUUUUGGUCUUUGGAGAACGAUGGACUCAUAUUCUCUCUUUUGUUUACUUUGUUCAUACGGUGUUCUUGUUUGACAAAAUAGAUACUAGCAUGGAUCACUAGUCUGUGUGUCUGCUGAGUGCGAGAUUUUGUGCUGGAAAGCUACCUACUAGUAUUUGCUUAUUUCA